AUGGCUUUGUGCCAACGGUUGGCCGUUGGGGAAGGACGUGUGAACUGUACCAAGCUUGAGAACAGAGAAAGUUUUUGUUUGUUGGUGCGCUCAUUGUAUGGUUAUCAUAUACCUAUUCAGAAUGUUAUAAAGUUUGUUGCAAUUGUUACUAAAGAACCUUAUUUUAUAGAGCGAGAGAAGAGUAUAAAACACGGAGAGAGCCCUGUGGAGCCAAUAAGCAGCUGCAGGGAUGAGCAUGGCUUUACGGCAGAAAUAUGGUGCCAGCCACAGGGGCAGGCACGCGGGCCCUGGAUUAGGGGUGUGCCGCUACCCCUGCCGGUAUGGGCCCAUUACGAAGCACCAGCCCUGACCGUUUCCACGGUCGAAGAGUAUGAGGAACUAGCAGGCAGCGUUGAAUUGGAAACGCAGCACUUACUGCGUGAGCACCGCUAUGACACUGUUGGCAACUUCCUUAAAUUUUAUAAGGAUUAUACUGCGAGUGGUGAAAAUGUACUGGAGAGAUUUUAUCAUAAAUAUCAACCACUCAUAACACGUGAACACCAUACUUGCGUAGGCUUGGGAUUUGAGUUACUACACCGGUUAAAGAAUUUAAACAAACGAUUUGCUGAUAUAGCAAGUGGCCUCUAUUUAGUGUCCUGUGAGGAGACGAUAGAUAACGUUGCUAAUUACGUCGGUGGACCACCCGCUGCAGACAGUGGAGAAAAGGAACAUGUACUAGUGUGCCUGAAAAUUAAAAUUAGUGGGCGCCGAGGAGUUAUGCUUCUCGAUCCCGGAUAUCAUGUAGCUCGUGUAAUUACUGUGAUGGAAGAUAAAUUGUAUCCACAUACAGGCUGGUUUAUUCAGUCUGACGAACCGGAUUGUAAAAAAGAGUACAAUUACUUUCUAUGUGCUAAUGACCCCGAUUAUGUCGAAUGGCAUGAAAGGAAAACUCGAUCUGGUACUUUGGAAAGAACACAAGUUGCUCUUAUUUAUGUGGCAAGGCCAUAUUUAACUGCCAUCGAUGUUACGGAGCGUAGAAAUUUGGUUUAUAACUUCAGGAGUAUUCUGGCCAGAGAUACUAAAGGGCAUGUUACAGCUGGUAUAUAUUUUCCUGUUGUGCUAGACAUGCAUAAUGCACAAACUUUUACAGUUUUUUACCAAACUAGCAACGGCAAGAAAAGAAUCAAAAUGGCAUUCAACAAAUUUUGCAGUUCACCAAAGAUUAAUUCUGAUGCUGAAGAAAAGGAAAUUAUUGCAGAAUGUGCUCGGCAGUUAGCCUUGUCACAAGACGCAGUACAAGAUUUACUUUCUGCUCUUGCCACGGUUAUGAGCGAUACCGCUUUCGUGGCACAACUCUUGACUAUUAAUUCAAGAAUUAAUACUUUAGCCGAAGACAAUUAACAGACAUCAAUCCGCCCCGCGUGGUGCAAACGAAAUAUCUAUCACUUUUUUUGUCAGUUUUCCUCUUACUUCUUUUUUCUUUUGUUGAUUCUCGUGUUAAUGCUUUGCUAUAUGUUAUAAAAAAUUACUUUUAUUCUUGUUACGAUAUAGGGCAUGAUAUUUUUUAAUGAAAUUGAAUAAAAAUAUAUUGUAUUUUACGCACUAUUGUGACGUGAUUGAAUGAAAAUAUUAACAAGGUAUAUCAACAAUUUUUGGAAAUUUUUUUAAAAUAUAUAUUGAUAAUAUUUUAUUAGUCAGGUUUAUAUUACCAUUUAAUAGAAAUAUUUAAUUUGAUAUGAUUUUGAAGUUACUAUAAACUUGAUAAUAUUUUCAUUGGAAUAACAUUGAAUAACAUUAAAUUAGUUCUUUACUUAUAUAAAAACACAUGAAAAUAGUGGUAUUAGGGAUAAUUUGCUCUGUUCUUUUGUUUUAGCAUAAAAAUGGGUUUUCAAUUUAUACUAAAUCUGUAACUUUUAUUUAAAUAAAUCAUAAUGAAAAAACUUAUUACAUUAAA